AUGCGCCAACGCGUAAUCAGCGCAAGGAUAUGUAGACUGAGGAUCAAGGGCCGUUUCUCCAACUACAGUAUCAUCAACGUGCAUUGCCCACACGAAGGAAGACCCGACGACGAAAAAGAAUCGUUCUACGCGCAGCUGGAGCAAGUGUACGACAGCUGCCCACAAAGGGACGUGAAAAUUGUCAUCGGAGACAUGAAUGCUCAAUCCGAGGUAAUUUCUUCCCCCGCAAAGAUAUUCAUAAAGCUACUUGGAGAUCACCUGACCAACAAACAGGAAAUCAAAUCGACCACUGCGAAUAUAGAUUCGGACCACUACCUAGUUGCAGUAUGCAUGCGAGCAAAACUGUCAACAGUGUAUAACAAGAGACGAAGUCGAACGCCGCGGCCCAACACUGAGCAACUACGGGACACCGCUGUUGCCAUGGAAUACUCGCAGCAGCUGGAAGCAGCGUUACCAACGGAAGAGCAAAUCUUGAAGAUGGCUGAAGGGAUAUUCGAAGAGAUUUUCGCGAUACGACAGGUUCUGCAGAAAGGUCGCGAGUUAAACGUAGCCACACAUCACCUUUUCUUCGACUUCAAAUCAGCCUAUGAUACAAUUGAUCGGGACAAGCUAUGUCAAAUUAUGCACGAACACGGUUUUCCGGAUAAACUGACACGAAUGAUCAAGGCGACGAUGGACCGAGUAAUGUGUGUGGUUCGAGUAUCGGGAAUCCUCUCGAGUCCCUUCGAAUCUCGGAGAGGGCUACGGCAAGGUGAUGGGCUUUCCUGCUUGCAAUUUAAUAUCGCUUUACAAGGUGUGAUCAGAAGAGCGGGGAUAGACACGAGUGGCACGAUUUUCCGAAAGUCAGUCCAGCUUUACGGUUUCGCAGACGACAUUGACAUUGUGACACGAAACUUUGAGACGAUGAAGGAGACCUACAUCAGACUGAAGACUGAGGCCAGUAGAAUUGGAAUUGGAGAUCAUCAAUACAUUGGCGGUGACGAAAUCGAAGUGGUAGAUGUAUUCGUGUACUUGGGCUCACUGGUGACCGCCGAUAAUGACACCAGCAGAGAAAUACAAAGACGCAAUAUGGCAGGAAAUCGUGCUUACUUUGGACUCCGGAAGACGCUACGGUCGAGUAAAAUUCGCCGCAUCACAAAGUUAACCGUCUAUAAAACACUGAUUAGACCGGUAGUCCUCUACGGCCACGAGACAUGGGUUUUGCUCGCGGAGGACCAGCGCGCCCUUAGCAUAUUCGAACGGAAGGUGUUGCGCACCAUCUACGGUGGAGUGCAGAUGGAUGACGGAAUGUGGAGAAGGCGAACAAACCAUGAGCUGCAACAAUUGCUGGGAGAAUCACCCAUCGUUCAUACCGCGAAAAUCGGCCGGCUGCGUUGGGUUGGGCACGUCGUUAGAAUGUCGGACGAUAGCCCAGUGAAAAUGGUCCUCGACAACGACCCGAUAGGAACGAGGAGAAAAGACUGCAUGGCUGGCGACAAACAGCUAUGGACCGAGGUGAAUGGAUACGACUUUUGUGUACAGCAUAGGCCACUGGGGCCUUUUGCUGAUUAA